ACACCACUUCUAUUUUCCCUUCACUCUUUGCUUCUUCCUCCCGCCAUUUCGACCAUCGAUUUUGUCACGACCGGAUCACUAUUCUAUUCAUCCACUAUCACUCCAUCAUUUAACACACCACUGUUUUGUUCAUAUACCAUCGAUCCACCAACUACCACACCAUUAUGUUUCUAAAAAAGAAGCUGCAGACGGACAACGACACAGGCACGGGCGAGAUCCAUCGUCCGCCGAUCCACCACGUCGCCAACUUCUCCUAUCCUCGCACCGACUUUGUUCACUUGUAUCGGAAAGAGCAGCCAGGUGCUCGCGAUUCCCAGGGAUCUCAGUCCUCCGCGCCACCCCUCGUGGAAGACCACGGAUCUGACAUAUCAGCGGCCGAGGACGACCCUCAGCAACUUCUAAAGGACGACGCUCAGCGACUUCCGAAAGACAAUCCUCGGCAAGUCCCAGGGGACGACUCUCGGAAACUUCUGGAGGACGACCCUCAGCAACUUCCGGCGGCGGAUGUGAAAAUGUGGAAAAGGUGGCGUGCGAGGGAAAGGAAGAGGGAGGAAGCGGAACGUCAGGCGCUUACCAACCCUACCAGUGAUCAACAACUAGCAAAAGCGUCGGCAAACCCGCCAACGACCCACAACGAUAGAAGUGUGGUUGUGCCGUCCCAGGAGCAACAACGACCCCAUGCUCCAAAGCCCCCGCCUAACGCGUGCUAUUCGCUGUUCCCUUCACCAAGCGAAUGCAGGAGGCGUGUUGCUCCCGCACCUCUACACAUACCAACAGUUCCGCAGCAGAUUGGGCUGGCACCCUCUCCGAUUUCUCCCAACUUCCCGCUCCCGCCAAGCUCACGAGGCGGCGUCACAGACUGGAGGAAUUACACAACGGCGACAUCCCGACCGGGCGUUUCGACGACAAAAACACCCGGUCCGGUACACAGCGGUUCUUUCGCCGCAAGCUCAUCUGACUCGGUACCGCUACUUCUCCGGAGCCCCGGCCCAACACCGCCACAUUCCCCUCCCAGCACAUCUUCCUCCUCCGAAGCUCCACAGUGGCCUUUGGAGCCCAAGAGGUGCCCCCCGCCAGAGGCCAGUCCACGUAGUUUCACCCUAGCCAAAAAGACAACCCGCUCCUCGCCUUCGCUCGCGAACCUCGCCAGAGCGCAACGCCAGGAGGAAGCGCUGGAACCUCUCCCGCGGAAGCCGCCGACCCCCUCCGACAUCCACGACCGGCCCCUACCACCGUUGCCGAGAGACCGGUUCCCACCCCCGCCCCCGCCCAACGUCUCGGUCUUUGAAGCCGACACGGACGACGAAGACGAGGCGCCCGAGGCCCGGCCGUCGUCCAGCGGCGACGCGAGGAACUUUGCCCGCCGCGUCAUGCACGGCCUGGUCCGCCACCAGAGCCCGCAGCGGCAGCAUGACGCGCCGCCGGACCGUGGGCAGUCGCAGGGGCAGUCGGCGGACCACAAGCGCAGCGUCAGCGACGAGGGCCCGUCCACUGCCACAGGCUCGUCCUCCUCUUCGGCGGCGGUGCCGGUUAAGGACAGGGGCAGCGGCGGGAGUGGUGCGAGUGGUGGUGGUGCGAGCGGCGGGAGGAGCGGCAUCUCGCGCACGCUCAACGCGGCGGCGAGGUACAGGUGGGGCGGGCCGGCUGCUGGUGCUGGUGAGGGGGAUGGGGCGCCCCCCCCGCGCGGGGCCGUGAGUAUGGACCUGCCGAGGGAGGGGGUGAGGGGAGAGGAGGUUGUCGCGCGCGGGAGGUCGCAGCAGGAUGGGGAGGGGUUGGAGAAAGGGGGUCGGUUUUUUGGGCGCAUCUUGAGGCGGAAGGGGUGAGAUGGGUUAGUGUUUUGACUCUUUCUUUUCUUGUUUCUUUUUUUUUGGUUUGGUUUUAUCCCCCCUGCUUGCUGGGCUGGACUUUUAUUUGUCUUCUUCUGGGGUUGGGGCAGGGACCGCUGCGCUGGUUGGGAAAGGUGCCGGGCACUCUUUCGUUCUCCCUUUUUUUCUCUCUUUAUUAUCGUGCCCUCUACGAGUUACUUCCCUUUGUCUGUUCUCCCCUUGCCACGCAUUGGUUUACGAUUACGGUUAUGGU